GCUGUUGUUGUCACACUGGAAGAAAAUGGCUGCUGCUCCGACUUUUUUUCAAUGAAGACACAGAUGUUUCAGUUUAAUUUCGCGUUCGUGCAUUGGAGCUACAGGAGACCGCUAUGCAAUCCAGAAGGGCGUGAAUGGUCGCUGUAGGAAGGUGACAGUGUGGGGCAGAAAGGACAGCAUCACUCGCCUUGCAGCUGGCGGUGAACCACAAUGCAACAAGUUUUGGAAUAUGCAUUGGAUCGAGCUGAGUACAUUGUUGAAAGUGCUCGACAACGACCAGCCAAAAGAAGAAUUUCAUCUGGCGGGAGGAAGAGCUUGUAUCAGAAGCUCUAUGAGCUGUAUAUAGAGGAAUGUGAGAAAGAGCCAGAGUUAAAGAAUUUGAGGAGAAAUGUGAAUCUACUGGAGAAACUGGUGUCUCAGGAGUCUGUAUCAUGUCUGGUGGUCAAUCUGCACCCUGGGAAUGAAGGCUAUUCUUUAAUGCUCAGGGGCAAAAAUGGAUCUGAUUCAGAAACAAUCCGUCUGCCAUACGAAGAAGGAGAACUGCUGGAAUAUCUAGAUGCUGAAGAGUUGCCGCCUAUUCUGGUGGAUCUGUUGGAAAAAUCACAGGUGAACAUCUUCCACUGUGGGUGUGUAAUAGUAGAGGUGAGAGACUACAGGCAAUGUGGAAGUACCAUAUAUAAUACCAACACCAAGAUGCCAACGUAUCAGAGCAGACACAUCUUGCUGCGACCCACCAUGCAGACGCUGAUCUGUGAUGUCCAUGCAAUGACCAGUGACCACAAGUGGACACAGGAUGAUAAAUUACAGCUGGAGAGUCAGUUGAUUUUGGCCACAGCUGAACCUCUGUGCCUGGACCCCUCCAUUUCUGUUACCUGCACAGCCAACCGACUGCUCUACAACAAGCAGAAAAUGAACACUCGCUCCAUGAAACGGUGUUUCAAAAGGCACUCUCGAGCUGCACUAAACAGGCAGCAGGAGCUGUCGCAUCUGCCCAUACCCCCACAGCUAAGACUGUAUGACUACUUACAGAGAAGGAAGGAGAGGAAGCCUGCUCCCGUUAUCGACCUGAAGAUCUCAAAGAUCGGAAAUUGUGUUGAUAUGUGGAAGCAAAACAACUGCCAACUGACGGUACCGAAGGAAAUUGAUGUGGAGAAAUACGCUGUGGUUGAGAAAUCCCUUCAGUUGGAGGACUCUCAGCCCACUGUGAUCUGGCCUGCAGAGGAGGUUGUAGAUGACUACACAUUUGAGUGUGAGGUCGGAGGCCAAGCACAGAGGACCAAGGUGUCUAUCUUCCAGUCAAUGGGGGAUCCGUUAGUGUAUGGAAAGAUCUACUGUGCUAAAGAACCCAAAGCAGAGGAAGACAGUGCAGAUCUGAAGCUCAUACAUCCCCCCUUCCUCAUAGGCUCGAAGAUAGAUGCAGACAGGUUUCUUACACAGUACAAAGGAGUGUAUGAGAGAGAUGUAAAGUGUCAGGUCAAAAUGUCCCAUAACUCAGGCAACAUGGGACAGGGGCCUCCCUCCCCCAGCAAAGAUGAGGGUGAUGGUAUUUCUCCACUGGUCCAGACGUCUGUGUUGGGUAAAGGGGUGAAGCACCGACCUCCUCCCAUUAAACUGCCUUUAGGAUCAGGCAGCAGCUCCUCAGGUAAUCCAUACAGUUCCCAGACCACCAGUGGACUACUCAAGUGUCCUACGCCCCCGCCAGCUAAAAGCCAAUCUCUGAACAGGAAGCACUCCGUGGAGCUGGGCCAGGUGGGCCUGCUGUCGCCUGCCUCCCUGUCCCCCAUGGGCUCCACACAGAGAUCGGGAACGCCCAAGCCAUCUACGCCCACACCCACCAACACACCCUGCUCCACGCCGCACCCCUCCGACUCCCUCGCUCCCCUCUCAGUGACGCCCACCCCUUCGGACCCUCCCAUGGUUCAGAACCAGUCUCAGUCCGCUCUCCUCACACCGUUUGCUCAGCAGCAGUUGGCUCUGAGCCAGCCGCUACCUGUUAUGACCAUUCCCCUGCCCACGAUGGGUACAUCUAUCACCACGGGAACCACCUCGUCGCAGGUCAUGGCCAACCCCGCAGGGCUCAAUUUCAUUAAUGUGGUCAGCUCAGUCUGCAGUCCUCAGACCUUAAUGAGUAGCUCCAACCCUGUGUUGGGUCCAAGCCUUAACUUGAGUGGAAUCCUGCCUCCUGGAGGGCUGAUGCCCACCAUGCAGCCUGCUGCACAGGCAGGAGGUCCUUUUGGCCUGAACAGCAGUGCUGGGCUAAGACCACUGAACCUGCUACAGAUCCCCAUCUUUAAUCCUCUGCAGCAACAGCCCCUGUCUCAGUUCUCCCCACAGCAGAGUCAGUCGGCCACAUCCAGUCCUCAACAGCAGGGGGAGACGGGCGAUCAGGGGCCAGAUCCAAAUCUAGGAAACCAGCAAACAGCAGUCAUCAACCUGGGAGGCUUCAUGUCCCCGCAGGCAGCAGUGCUGUCCCAGUUGGGCUGUGGGCUGGACGGGUCUGGGCCCCCGCUGCCUUCUCCAAGGCUUCAGCAGCAGCACCAGCCACAGAUCCAAUUGCAAUUCUUGCAGCACCAAAUGCAGCAGCAAAUGGCUAUGGGGGCAGUGGCUCCUCAGGGGGGAGCGCCGCAGCAGCAUACCGUCAGCCAACCAAGAAGUAAGAGGAAGAGGAGCACACCGCAGCCCCUCUCCAAGUCGUGACAGGCUGAAAUGACACUAAAGCCCCGUUCCGCAGAUACGCGGGGACAUGAAUGGUUCAUACUGUGCUCUAUGUCUGCCUCACUGUGGGGACUCCUUUCUGUUUGUCUUUUUCUAGCUGAUACGUUUGUUUGUAAUGGUUGUCAGAGGUUUUGGAGAACUCAAACUGUGCCCACCAUAAGGGAGGGGAUUUAGAGGAAGCAGCCCUACACUUGAGGAACCUUAGUGAUAUUUUUUGAGAUGAAUCAGAAUAUAGAUGGUUCUCGUAGGUAGCAGGGCUUCCACAAUAACAAUGUGUCUCUUCAGGAGGAUUGUUAAUGCACAGUAUUAGAGGACUCCUCGUGAACCUGCCUGAUCCAUUUGGUUGACCCCUCAUAGGAAAAAAACUGCCCUUUAAGCAUGGAUCCCAGCUGAGCUCAUUGACACCAAAUCCUCCAUAUAACCAUUACA